AUGCUCCUCAAGACCUUUGCUUUCCUCGCCCUCGCCAUCGGCGCCAUCGCCCACGAGGCCGCUCCCCCUCAGCCGCGCACCAACGCCGAGGCGCUGGCGCGUGGCCUCCCCAUUCUCUCCCCGCGCCACCGCAACCACGGCGAGGACAAGAAGAAGAACCGCCCAUCUAACAAGCCCGUUCCUACCAAGGCCGGCCCCACCCCUGACUUUGCGAGCACGUGCGACUGGUACGACAUCGAGUUCAAGCGCAACCGCCCCAUGCUGCGCGCGCUCUGCAAGGACAACAAGGGCAAGAAGAAGUACUCUGAGCUCAACCUCAACCAGUGCAUCAAGCUCCAGAACAACGGCCAGCUCAAGUGUGGCCCGGGCGGCUUCGUCGGCCGCUCGGGCCGCCGCGACCUCGAGUCCGAGAUGCUCGACGCCCGCGGCUGGAACGACUACGCCAAGCAGAAGUGCACGCGCUGCGACGUCGUCUCGGACGACACGAUCGAGUGCUCGUGCCCGCUCAAGCGCGGCGGCCGCAUCGACGCCUCAUACACGCUUGGCGACUGCAUCUCGAACAAGAACGGCCGCCUCACGUGCAAGGCUCUCGAGGACUAAGCGCCUCAUCUCGCGCUGCGUCGCAGCCAUUCAGUUGUAUCUAGUUGGCCUCGUGCUCGGAUGCCCCGCCAGGCGCUCCAGGGCGUUGUGGAGGGCGAGGGCCGGUACCCUCUAGACCAUACCAUAGAGAGUUCGAGUCUUCAUCAUCAUGCCUUAUGCCAUGCUUCCUCCUUCUUCCUCUUAUCGUUCAUAUGGAUACUGUGGGUGUGUUGGGAAAGGCGGGGGCGUGAGUUGUCUGGCGUGCUCGGCCUGAUUGGGACUGGCUGGACUACUCGACAGACCCU